ACGGGGCCGGGAUCGGGAACGGGGCCGCCAUGUGCGAGGCGCCGGGAGGCUGCGGGGGGUGCGCGGUGGGAUCCGCACCGGGACCGCCACGGCGCCGUCCUGCCCCGGUGUGCAGCCAGCCGCGGCCGUGCGUGAAGUGCGGGGAGGGCGCCGCCGCCGUCGUCAUCCGCGUCGGGGAUGGGUUCUGCCGUGCCUGUUUCCGCGAGUACUUCGUGCACAAGUUUCGCGCCAUGCUGGGCAAGAACCGCGUCAUCUUCCCCGGCGAGAAGGUGCUGCUGGCGCUGUCAGGCGGGCCAGCAUCCAGCGCCAUGCUGCGGCAGGUACAGGAGGGGCUGAGCCGCGAGACGGCCAAGAGGCUGCGCUUCGUGCCUGGCCUCGUCUACAUCGAUGAGGGAGCGGUGUGCGGGCAGAGCCCGGCGCAGCGGGAGCAGAACCUGGCCCAAAUGGAGGCCCUGCUGCAGGAGACCGGCUUCCCUUACUACCUGGCCUCGCUGGAGCAGGCCUUGGAGCUGCCUGGCUCGGUCCUGCGGCGGGGGCCGGGGGCGGCCGGCGAGCCCUGUCCCUCCUACAAGGUGGCCGUGGAGGGCUUCAUCCAGCAGCGGCGGCAGGAGGCGGCUGACGGGGAUGAUGAAACCUCACCCACGGGGCUCAGCACCCAGCACGGACCCGGGGGGGACCUGGCAGCCCCCUGCGCCCGCCUGCCCGAUGCCACCCUCACAGCGGAGCUGCUGCGGCUCUUCGAGGCGGUGGAGACGCUGACGGCCAAGGAGGAGCUGCUGCAGAUGCUGCGGAGCCACCUCAUCCUGCACACCGCCCGCACGCGGGGCUACACCAAGGUGAUGACGGGCGAGAGCUGCACCCGCGUGGCCGUCAAGCUCCUCACCAACCUGGCGCUGGGCCGUGGCGCCUUCCUCGCCGUGGACACGGGGUUUGUGGACAGCCGCCACGGCGACGUGACGCUGGUGCGGCCCAUGCGGGAGUACAUGGCCAAGGAGAUCGCCUUCUACAACCACUUCUUCGGCGUCCCCACCGUCAUCACGCCGCCCCUCAGCACCAAGCGCCGGGAGAAGACCAGCAUCCACCGCCUGAUGGAGAGCUUCCUCCUGGGGCUGCAGGUGGAUUUCCCAUCCACCAUCAGCACCGUCUACAGGACAGGUGAGAAGCUGAGCGCGGCUCCCGCCGAGGCAGGCAGCGAGCUCCAGCGCUGCCUGCUCUGCCUCUGCGCCCUGGACAUCGCCGGGGAGGAGGAGCUGGCCCUGGAGCCCACGCUGGUCACGGAGGAGACGGGGAACGGGCCUGAGAGCAGAGCUGCCUUCAUCCCACUGCUGUGCUACAGCUGCCGCCUCACCUUCAAGGAAAUGGGCUCCCCCGCCACGCUGCCGCCUUACGUGCGUGCCGAAGCCCAGCACAGGAGCUGCAGGGCACGGAUGAAGGAACAGAUCCAGGAAUUCCUGCUGGAGGACGAUGAGGAGGAGCCCGGGGCGAGCUGACGGGGCCGGGCGCAGCUGGGGGGUGCAGAGCCAUGACCCACUGGGGUUGGGGGGGUCCUGUGGGGUCAGGGGGGUACUGGAGCCACUCGACCAGCCAUGGUGACACCUGGCACCCAAACAGCUGUUUUUACACCCAAAUUAACUGUUUUUAUAACAGCAGGGGGCCAAGGAGACCUUGGGUGCCUAUUAUGGGGGUGCUGGUACCCCCUGGGCACCACAUCCCUGCCCCCCCCCCCCAGGCCCCCCCCCCAUGAGCUGGGGUGGCUUCAGCUUCGUUUUUAUUAGAUAUCUGUAUAAAUAAACCAUCUGAAUUAAAAAAAAAAAAAAAAAGUCACAAGUGUUUACAGUCCAGUUGGGGGGGCGCCCACAGGGGAGGGUGUGCUGUGGCCCUGUGCCCCCCCGGUCUGGGGAUGGGGGAUAUUGCUUUAGAGUUCAACCUGGUUGUGGGGCUGGGGAGAGCAGGGAGGGGCUGGCUCCUGCCCCCCCCCCCAGAAGCUGGGGUGCCCUGUGGGU